UCGUCCGGUGGUCCCAUGAAUAGACCAUGCUCUUCUUUGAUAAGAAAUUUCUUAAGAUGGACACUAUUAUAAGCUGGAAAAACAUCAUUCUCCUCGCUAGAGCAUUAUGGAAUCUCUGACAUACCGAGAUAUUUCAUUACGUACGAUGAGCACCAUCGUAGUAGGAUGCGGGUUGGAGAUAUUUGCGCGGCGCGCAAAUAUCUUUGGCCCACGGGACGAGCCCCGAGCCCCAUGCAUGUUCAUGACCCACGAGUAUAAAGCAUUUGCCCAGACUCUCGAACUUCAGCUACGAACUCUUCAUAUUGGACUCCGAUCACACUCUCAAUCUAACCUCACGAUCCGAUUGAUCUAAAGUAGCUUGUGGACUUCGACCAACAUGACCAUGCAGGCAUCAGCAAUGACACGAUUGAAACUGUGCCUGGGGCUUCUGGCUGCGAUAACCCAUGUCGCUGCCGCCGCCACGAACAGUGCCGCCGUCAAAUCUCUGGGAAGAAUUGUCUACCUGCCCGAUGUUAACCUGGUGAAUGAUCACAACUCCGAUCCGCUGAUUUUUGAUCCUAAUGACUUGAACAUCAUCGCCAGGACCUCCGAGGAAUCGUACACAGACAUGAAUACCAGGUUUUUCGAAAGCAGCGACAAGUUCAAGCAGUCGAUUGCUACUGAUAUGGGACUGAGAGGAAGCUACCAGCAGAUCAGCUUCAGUGUGAAUGCAGCAUUCAAUCGAGUGUCAGGAUCGGAGACUGAAGUGAAAGUGGCUGAAGUCCAAGCCGCGCGUUUACACAGCAAAACGUAUCUACCCAGGGGCUCGGAGCUCAACAGCUUCCCUCUGAAAAAAGAAUUCCUGCAAGAUUUCCAGAAUUUGCCCACUCAGGUGACGGAUCCGCAUGUGGAUGUUUCAUGGUCACCGUUCCGCAACUUCAUGAACAAGUGGGGCUCGCACAUCGUCCAUGUAGCUUACACUGGAGCAGUUUACCAGAGCUUCAGUAGCUCCAAGUCCGAGAAAAAUUACAGUCAGAGAGACAUGGAGAUUAAGGCGUGCGUGAAGGCCGAGGGAAUCACGGGCAAGGCGUUGGAAGCCUGCGCCGGCUACAGCGAAUCCGAGCGACGGGAAGCAUCGAAGCUCACCACCACCGACACGAAGCGGGUGAAGGGUGGCAGCGCAGCUACACGCAGCCAAUUGGCCAGCGGGCUCGCCACUCAAGAGCUACUGCAGGAGUUUCUGAGCCAAGACUCUGUGGGCGAGCAGCCCGUGCGAUACGAAUACCUUCCGGUCUGGGAUUAUCUACUCGGCCGCUCACUCAGUAACAUCCCUGACGCAAAGAGGGCUCUAGGACUGCAGGCGUACUACGAGGGGUGGAAGGCGUUCACUUGCCCACUGGUGGUAACAACAGGCCAAACCAACAACAACGCACAGAUGAUGGUUGCAGAGUACACGAAAGAGAAGCAAGCUACGGGAUACUACUUGUGCAUCCGUCGCUGCAUUGGCUGCCACAAUUAUAAAGAAGACUGCCACUACAAAUCAAGCAAAGCGUGCUGCCGCUCUUACGGCCCGUCUGUGCUGAAACUCGACUCGAUCGCAGGGUUCGUGACUCGCGCCACGUAUCGAGACUCGGGGUGGUGCGACUGGGACAAUGGGUGCAUUUACAAGGUCUUUGUCGGAUGCGUUUGCAUUAAUAGCAAUGACGAAAACGGAUGCAACUACGUCUACCCUCUCAAUCCCCAGAACGCCACCUGGCUCAAGUACAAUAUCCUCUGGACCCAGCACGAAGCGGCCUUCAACCCCCAUGACACUGCUGCUUCCAUCGACUCGGCCUUCAACCCCCAUGACACUACUGCUUCCAUCGCCGAGGCUUAGAUCGAUGUAUCAACUGUCUAUCUUGUCGAUCACAUGAGUUGAUGAUACAUACGGCAUAGAACAUGAUUCAGUGCUUGGCUGGCUCGCUAAAUGCCACAGUUAUUUUCUUUUCUGUGUAAUCGUAGAUGUGUGUAUGUGUGUGAAUGAGCUCAGCUCAUUAUGUUAAAAGAAAGGCAGGCAAUGGCCGGCACUGUAAUAAUGACGAGAAUACUGUUUGUAUUCUUGAAGAUUGGGUGAAUGAUCAAGCUUCUAGCUUUUUAUUGUGUCCGC